AUGGCGGCCGGUUUCAAGACUGCUGAGCCUCUGGAGUACCACAGGAGUUUUCUGAAAGAAAACUGUCGACCUGAUGGACGGGAUCUGUCAGAAUUCAGAGCUACAACACUAAACAUAGGGUCCAUAUCAACAGCAGAUGGCUCAGCUCUGGUUAAGGUUGGAAACACCACAGUCAUCUGUGGGAUCAAAGCGGAGCUGGCAAACCCUACAGUGGAGGCACCAGGAAAAGGUUACAUCGUACCCAAUGUAGACCUGCCGCCUCUGUGUUCCUCUCGGUUUCGGCCGGGCCCACCAGGAGAACAAGCACAAGCAGCCAGCCAGUUUAUCGCUGAUGUAAUCGAAAGCUCUGAAUUGAUCCAUACAGAGGACUUGUGCAUUGAGAGAGGAAAGCUCUGCUGGGUGCUGUACUGUGACAUCAUGUGUCUCGACUACGACGGGAACUUGUUGGAUGCUUGUGUCAUUGCCCUGCUGGGUGCCUUAAAGAACACACAACUACCAGAGGUCACCAUCAACACAGAAACGAGUGGACCAGAGGUGAAUUUAGAAAAGAGACACGGGCUGCAAAUUCACAAACAUCCAGUCGGUGCCUCCUUUUGUGUUUUUGAUGACUCCAUACUGAUCGUAGACCCCACAGCCGAGGAGGAGUGUCUAUCGACCGCUCAGCUCACUGUGGUGACAGAUGAGGAAGGGCGACUCUGCUCUGUACACAAACCAGGUGGGACGUCACUGUCAGCAGAGAAGCUGCAGGAGUUCAUCUGCCGAGCGACAGCACGACAGAAAGAGAUCCAGAAACUCAUUGACAAAGUUAUACACAGUGUGAAGACGGCACAAUAAAGAGUCUCAGACAAUGCUUUUUU